AUGCCAGAACUUUACGAUACUGUUAUAUCAUUUAAACAACUUUCUAGCGAUUUUCUUAAAAUUUUAGAUCAGGAAGAAACUUUCGAUGUGAUAAUUCAUGUGGGAGACGAGAUCACUAGUGAGUCGUUUAAAGCACACUCAAUCAUUUUAAGAACUAGAUCUGAAUACUUUAGAGCUGCGUUAUCUGCUGCAUGGAAAAAAAAAGAAAAUGGAUUUUUUGUUAUUGAUUUACGAGGCAUGAGUAUACCACAUGCUAUAUUUGGACAUGUGCUUUUUUAUAUAUAUGGUGCAUAUUUGAAAGUCGAAAAGCUUGGAGUAACGGAAAAGCUACAAUUACUAAAGGCAGCAGAUAUAUUAAUGAUGGAUGCUUUUGUAGAUUAUUUAGAAGCGGAUUUAAUUAGGACUGAAAAAUCUUGGGUAAAUGAGAAAAGUAGUGAAGUAUUAUAUGUAGCAUUACAAAUAUCAAGGUGUAAAGAAUUAGUGUCAUUAUGUAAUGAUGCAAUUUUACGUCAACCAAAAACCUUCGUAAGCUCUAAAGAAUUCUUAUUCAUGCCACAUGACUACGUGGUUAGUCUGAUAGAACGAGACAUAUUGGGAUUGGACGAAAUUGACAUUUUUGCUGCCGUCAUCAUGUGGGGUAUCAAUAACACACCUGGCAUUUCACUCACUGACGAUUUUUCAACCUGGACAGCCGACAACAUAACCACUUUACAAUCUAAUGUAAUACAUCUCAUUUCACAAAUAAGAUUUUUCCAAAUGCCUCCGGAUGACUUUAUGAAAAAAGUAGGCCCAUUAACUAGAGUAUUUGCACCUGAACUUUAUGAUCAAGUUGUGGAGUAUCAUGCAAACACCCAAUUUCAAUUUAUUUAUGAUGUUCAGCCUUUACGCCUUAAUUCAACGAUAAUUAAAGAAAACGAAGAACCAGCUCUAAUUUCCUACUGGAUAAAUCAUCCGGAGACUGAUUGUGAUCUUCCUGAAAAUCUGCCAUUUGAAACAUUUGACAAAAUACCGUUUGACUUUCAUUUAAUUUUCCGAUGUCCUGGUAACGAAUUAGCUCAAGCUGCAUGGAGAGAUCUAUGUUAUAAUCAAGGGCCGACUAUGACAAUAAUUAGAACUAAAAAUCAAAACGAAGAUGAAGCGGUAUUUGGAGGAUACAAAUCGAUCAGUUGGUCCACAGAAAAUCGGGAUACUCAUAUAGGCGGAAAUGGAUUUAUAUUUGGAUAUUUGUGGCAACAACGGAAAUUAUUACUUCCAUGGAUGCUCCGGGUAAACAAUCAUCUUGAUGCUGAUAUGUUUUUGGGUGAUGGUGUGGAAGUGUUUAUUGAUUUCCGCCAUGGGGAAAAGUUAUUAGCCCAUGCCAACGGUUUCGAAGAUUUAGAAGAAACCAUAGAAGAACUAGAGGUUUUUCGUGUUGUAAGAAAAACAACGGAUGAAGGGUGA